UUUUUUUUUGAGUGAGCGUAAAAUUAGUCAUUAAAAGUCCUUUUUUUAAAAACAUCUUUUCAAUAUUUGAGAAUGAAUGAACAGUCGGACCUUUUAGGAACGUACUCAUCUCCUUUUGGUUCUAAAUCAAUUUCACACUUGAAGACAACAAAAUCCGGAACGGGAAAUGGACCCGACAACUUAACUACCACUACCACUACUAAUUCUAAUACAAACAAAAACAAGAAACCCGUGGACAACAAUAAUAAAGAGAACGAAUUUGAUCAGCUGAAGAUGAUGAAUAGAUUUAAUGCAUUGAGUGGUGCUGUCGCCCCAUCACCAUCAUGUGGUGGUGGUCACUCUUCAUCUUCUGCUUCUGAUGAGAAGGUUGGGGAGUACACACUGGAGGCCGUCGAGUUGCUUGAUGUUGAAAAUCUUCUCAAUAAUGUUAAAGAUCCAUGGCUAGAUUUUGAUUUAAAAAGUGAAGUAGAAAAUGAUUUUGAUCUGUCUUCAUGGUUAAACGAUGGCUUGAAAUUGGAAGAAAGUAAUUCUAAAAAACCAUUAAAUAAUCAACUUGGCAAAUCACCUCAGAAGACAGCAUUUGCAAGACAGACUAGCAAUUUAAAAAAUGGCUUACGACCUGAUCCCGGGACCAGGUCAGGCAUUUCUAGCAAACAAUCCACUUGUGUUGGUGAUGUGGAAGAUAGAUGCAUCCUUCCUGAACAGGCAAUUCAACAUACAUUAAGCAACCAUAACUUCUAUUCAUCUUCUACCACGAGUCCUGAGAUCAAAACAAAUUCAAGACCAGAAGCAUAUAAGCAGCACAAACAUGGCUUUCUCACAUUUGGUGAUGUGAAAAGUGAAUUUGGAAUAAGAAAAUAUACUGAAUAUUCAACGAAAGAUGAAACAGAAUUGAAUAGAACAUUCGAUGUAAUAAGUGGUCAUCAAGAAGAAGUGAACCACAGCCAGAACAACAAUGAUGACAGCCAGCAGGACAACAGAGGGGAUCCCCACACACCAUCCGCUCCCACACAUGGGUCACUUUUAAACAAAUCAUUUGAUGAUGUCAUCUCCGUGGUGACCUCAUCAGGUGACUUCCAAUCAAGUCCCUCAGGCCAGAAAAACAUCAGCAAGUCGCAGGACAUGGCGUCAUUAUGGAUGGGUGGCAUGGGUAGAGAUUCUCUGACGAAACUCAACGACAUCAAGGAUGUCCAGAAUGUGGCUCGCAUGCAGGCAGACCGUCAGGGUGUUGAAUCAUUUAAAUUCCUCAUUGAACUUGUAGGUGAACGGUGA